UGUGAUGUGGCUGGUCAGAGAAGGCCAGCCAUCGUGUUUUUGUUUAUUUUUUGUCGAUGAUAAAAGUUUAAUUAAUUAUAAUUUUUUAUUCAAAUCAACAUGUCCCCUGCGUGAUUCGAUUCUGUUUUUUGUAUUUUAACGUUUGAGAGUUCAAUACAACUUGAGAUUUAUUUUUGUUAUUUUUAUGUUUAUAUUUAUUUCUUUUAAUUUAAUGAUUUUGUAAAAAAUUUUGUUAAAUUUUGCAUUCACACACAAUUCAAUAAUCAAAUCAAUUAAAAACGGUGAUUUAGUACCUUAGUUAUCAUUGCUAAUUAUUAUAAUAGAACAUGAAACGUAACGCUAUAACCAUAGCCAAAUAUCUUUUCUUUGCUGCUUUCUUGCUUACUCUUGGUCCUGUAGUUGUGAAAUUUUUUUUGGGGGAUGCUGAAAAUGGUUUCCAGAAGACCAGAUUGAAGUUCCACAAGGCCAAUUUAAAAGGGGCACUUCCAGUUGAUCCUGAUGACUUAAACAAAAUAUUUGAACCUAGAGAAUGGACAGUUCCAGUAGCAAUGAAGAGCGAAGAUCUCACUCCAAUAAAGAAACAUCUUCCGACUCCAGUACCAUUCCAAAAGAAGCCAGAAGAGCAUGAUGGCCACAGUGAUGAUUUAAAAGAUUGGCACAAUUAUGAAGCCAUUGAAGAAGAACUAAGAAGAACUGGUCCUGGAGAGCAGGGUGUUUCUGUGAUACUGGGACCUGAGGAUGAGGAGAAAAAGAAGGACUUGUAUUCAGUAAAUGGCUUCAAUGCACUGGCCAGUGACAAGAUCUCUUUGGAUCGAGCUAUCAAAGAUAUCAGGCAUCCUGAUUGCAGGAAAAAGAAAUACCGGCCAAAACUGUUGAAUGCAAGCAUUGUUGUGCCAUUCCACAAUGAGCACUGGUCGACUCUCCUGAGAACUGUAAAGAGUGUUCUCAACAGAUCUCCACCUGAACUCCUACAUGAAAUCAUCCUUGUUGAUGACUUCAGCUCUAAAGAACACUGCAAGAAGCAGUUGGAUGAUCAUCUGGCCCAGAAUUAUGGAGGCAAGGUGAAGGUUAUUCAUCAGACCCGUAGGGAGGGACUCAUUAGAACCAGGAUAACGGGAGCCAAAGCUGCAAUGGGACAAGUGCUGAUCUUCCUUGAUUCGCAUGUCGAAGCAAAUGUCAACUGGUUGCCGCCAUUGCUAGAUCCGAUAACAGAGAACUACAAGACAGUGGUGUGUCCAUUCAUUGAUGUCAUCGACUACGAAAAUUUUGCCUAUCGAGCACAGGACGAAGGAGCCAGAGGAGCUUUCGAUUGGGAGUUCUUCUACAAACGACUUCCACUUUUAAAAAAAGAUCUACAGAAUCCUUCCCAACCAUUUAAGAGUCCUGUAAUGGCCGGGGGGUUGUUUGCAAUUAGUACCAAGUGGUUCUGGGAGCUCGGUGGGUAUGAUCCUGGUCUUGAUAUUUGGGGAGGGGAACAGUAUGAACUCUCUUUCAAGAUCUGGCAGUGUGGUGGAACAAUGGUUGAUGCACCAUGCUCGAGAGUUGGACACAUCUACAGGAAGUUUGCGCCAUUUCCUAAUCCAGGGAUUGGUGAUUUCAUUGCCAGGAAUUACAAGCGUGUCGCGGAAGUAUGGAUGGACGAGUACAAGGAGUUCUUGUAUGCUCGCAGGCCUCACUACAGGACAGCUGACAUGGGAGAUGUUUCUCAGCAACUGGCUGUCAGGGAACGACUUCACUGCAAACCGUUCAGAUGGUUCAUGGCGAAGAUAGCAUUUGAUUUGCCACUGAAGUAUCCAAUGGUUGAACCUCCAAAUGUUGGCGAGGGAGAGCUACAAAAUGUGGAAGGCAAGUUGUGUGUUGAUCUGAAGUUUGCUUCGGAAAAUUCUCGUUUUCAACUCGAAACCUGCCGAUCAGCUGACCCUAAGAUAUCCGGGGAACAGCAACUGCAGCUAACAUGGCAUAGAGACAUUCGUCCGAGAGGAAGGUCUGUUUGCUUCGACGUCUCCAAGUCUGAUAACAAGUCACCUGUCAUUUUAUACACGUGUCACGGUAUGCAAGGGAAUCAAUGGUGGAAAUACAACGUGGACACCCAACAGCUUCUGCAUCCGGUUUCUAAUUUGUGCCUUGACUGUGACGCAGAGAGGAAGGAGAUUUUCAUGAAUCCCUGUGAUCCUGAGGUGAAGACGCAACGCUGGAAGUGGUCUGUUUUAAAUAAGGAGCAGGCCAGGAAGGAGUGGUACGCCAGCAAGUUCGAAGAUACUCUCACCGAACCUGCUGACGACGCUAAUUAUUAGCUUAUUUCUAUUUUUUAAUUUCUUUAUUAUUUUUUAUUGCUGUUAUAU